AGGUGGCUAGGGGCGGCGGGGAGGGAGGGCGAAAGAGGGCGACAGGGUGGGCACCUUGGCGGAACCCAGGUGCGCGUCCCACGUGCGCGCACGCGGCCCCAGUGGGAUCGUCCUCCCCCGAGCCUCAGAGGAAGAAGAAAUUGACUAAAUGAAAAACAUGAAGCCAAAUAGAAUCCCCCCUUGUAUUGUUUCAAGACAGGGAAGUAAAAGUAAACCAUUGUUGUCUUUUUCCAGUGAUAUCCUGGGUUUUAUUACUGGAAACACCCAGUUUUUCUAAUACUCAUGAUGUCAGAAGGGAAAGCUCCUGCGAAGAAAAGACCUCGUAGAAGUUUAUCAGCCAGUAAAACUAAAACAAAAGAAUGUAACUCUAUUAUUUCAUUUUUUAACAAUGCACCACCUGCUAAGCUUGCCUGCCCUGUUUGUAGUAAAAUGGUGCAGAGAUAUGACUUAAACCGGCAUCUUGAUGAAAAGUGUGCUAACAAUGAUGACAUCACUCCAGUUGAUCAGAGGCAUGUUGACUUAAUAAAUUCACAUGUGCCUACAGUAGAUUUAACCAAUAUUGUCUUAGAAGAUGUAACACCAGGAAAGUUGUCACCAUCAAAGAUAAGUGUAACCCCUGACCAAAGUGAUUCAGCAAAAAUGGGCGUAAAACAGCAGACCAGCCCCUACUUUAAAAAUAAUGAUGAUUUGGGGUGCAAAAAUCAAGAUAAGCUGAGACAUCAUAAUGUGAAAGUCAUUACUUUGGGAAGCCUGUCAUCUAAAUUGUCCAGAAGAUACACAGAAGCUAAAAGAGCAAUAGAUAAGAAUGAGGAAUUUGCCAAUAAGAGUCCACAGAGUUCCUCAUCCACAGUGGUUAGGACCCUGGUUGAUAACUGUUCAGAGACUGAGGACAAGGAUCAAAUUUUGGAGAACAGUUCUCAAAAGGAAAAUGUGUUUGCCUGUGAUUCUCUUAAGGAGCAGAGUACACCUGAACAUACUGUAGAAGGCACAAAAAUAAUGGGAGCUGAAAGCCAAACGGCUACCCAGGAAUAUGAGAGAUCACCCCUUGGCCCUGCCUUCUCAGAUAAUGCUGCUAUGUUAUUUUCACCAGAUUUAACUCUUGGGAAUACAUUGAAGUCUACUUCAGAGCACAGUCUUGCAAAGUGGGAGAGCAUCAAAGGAGUAGAUAAUCAAGAUGUUGAAAAAUGUGAGGCAGGUAGUUGUGAAGAAGUGAAAGUGACUGUUGCUUCAGAAACUAAAACACAGUUGUCAAAUUGGGAGGCAAAGUCUGAUAGUUCUACACAUGAUGAUUCUAAAGGGCAUAACAUCCAGGACCUUUCUCCGGAAGGUGACAGUGACUUAAAGAAUGAAAUCACUUGCGGAAUUCCUUUGGAGCAGGGGUCAAGCUGUGAUGUUCCUGGUAAAACAAUUACAGUACCACCAAGUCAUCCUUACUACCUUCGGAGUUUCCUCGUGGUGCUGAGAGCUGUAUUUGAGAAUGAAGAAGAUAGGAUGCUCUUUGAUGAACAUGAGAGGGGAAUUGUAACUAAAUUUUAUCAAUUAUCAGCUAGUGGUCAGAAGUUAUAUGUAAGACUUUUUCAACGUAAAUUUGGCUGGAUUAAGAUGAAUAAAUUGGAAUAUGAAGAGAUUGCUCCUGACUUAACACCUGUGAUUGGAGAACUGCAGCAAGCAGGCUUUCUGCAGACAGAGUCUGAGUUGCAAGAACUCUCUGAAGUGCUUGAACUGCUUUCUGCUCCUGAACUAAAAACCCUGGCCAAGACCUUCCACUUAGUGAAUCCCAAUGGACAGAAACAGCAACUCGUGGACACCUUUCUCAAAUUGGCCAAACAGCCUUCAGUCUGCACUUGGGGAAAAAAUCAGUCUGGAAUCGGUGCCGUGAUUUUAAAAAGAGCUAAAGAUUUGGCAGGAGAGUCACUGAGAGUCUGUAAAGGCCCUCGGGCUGUGUUUUCCCGGGUCUUGCUGCUGUUUUCAUUGACGGACUCCAUGGAAGACGAGGAAGCUGCCUGUGGUGGUCAGGGACAGCUUUCUACUGUGCUUUUGGUCAAUCUUGGCCGAAUGGAGUUUCCUAGGUACACCAUCAAUCGGAAAACCCAAAUCUUCCAAGAUAGAGAUGAUCUCAUCAGAUACGCAGCGGCCGCGCACAUGCUGAGUGACAUUUCUACUGCAAUGGCCAAUGGGAACUGGAAAGAAGCUAAAGAGCUCUCUCAAUGUGCAAAAAGUGAUUGGAACAAACUGAAAAACCACCCUUCCCUGAGAUACCAUGAGAAUUUACCACUCUUUCUGCGCUGCUUUACUGUCGGGUGGAUUUACACAAGGAUUCUGUCCCGUACUGUUGAAAUAUUGCAGCGACUUCACUUGUAUGAGGAAGCAGUCAAGGAACUUGAAAACCUCUUGUCACAGAAAGUGUAUUGUCCUGACAGCAGAGGCCGGUGGUGGGAUAGAUUGGCUCUCAACUUACACCAGCACUUGAAACGCCUUGAACCGGCUAUUAAGUGCAUCGCAGAAGGGCUGGCAGAUCCCGAAGUAAGAACAGGACAUCGUCUUUCACUGUAUCAGAGAGCUGUGCGCCUGAGAGAGUCUCCGAGCUGUCAGAAGUACAGGCACCUCUUCCAUCGGCUACCAGAAAUAACUGUGGAAGAUGUUAAACAUGUGACCAUCACGGGCCGGCUGUGCCCGCAGCGUGGGAUGGGCAAGUCUGUGUUCGUGAUGGAGGCUGGGGGGCCCACCGCCCCUGCCACAGUCCUGUGCUCUGUGGAGGAGGUGGCAUUGGCCUAUUAUAGACGCAGCGGCUUCGACCAGGGGAUUCACGGGGAAGGGUCCACCUUUAGCACGUUGUAUGGCCUCCUCCUGUGGGAUGUAAUCUUCAUGGACGGGAUACCAGACGUCUUCAGAAAUGCCUACCAGGCAUGCCCACUGGACUUGUGUACAGACAGCUUCUUCACGAGCAGGGGGCCUGCCAUCGAGGCCAGGCUUCAGCUGAUUCACAGCGCCCCCGCGGAGAGCCUGCGGGCCUGGGUGGCAGCCGCGUGGCAGGCCCAGGAAGGCCGAGUGGCUUCCAUUGUCAGCUGGGAUCGCUUUGCUUCUCUUCAGCAAGCUCAGGAUCUUGUUUCCUGCUUGGGCGGCCCUGUCCUCAGUGGUGUGUGCAGGCGGCUGGCUGUGGACUUCCGGCACUGCCGAGGGGGCCUCCCCGACCUGGUGGUGUGGGACUCCCAGAGUCAUCGCUUUAAGCUGGUGGAAGUUAAAGGCCCCAACGAUCGUCUUUCACAUAAGCAAAUGGUCUGGUUGCACGAACUGCAGAAGUUGGGGGCCGAAGUAGAAGUCUGCCACGUGGUUGCAGUUGGAGCUAAGAGCAAAGGCCUGAACUAAGAGCUAUGGAAUUGGGAAUAUCUGGUUAUACGUGGAUUGAAGAUUUUCAAAAGCGUAAAGCAUUCUUACAUUUUAUUUAACUUUUUGUCAAUAAUAAACCUGAGAGUUUAAGACUUAUCA